UACAGUGUUGAGAAAUAAUUCAAGCAUAUUCGUAGUAAGAUCGAACAUAUUGUCAUGGCAAAAACCAGCUUCUCAUCUCAUUCAGAAUAUCAAACGCAAUCAUGGGUUGGAGUGUUUGGUCAUGGAGGAACUAUGCAUGACAACCUUGGAAGAGGAAAAGUUGCUGACAUACUUAUGUGGAAGAACAAGAAAUUAUCAGCUGCAAUCCUGAUUGUGUUGACAUCAAUAUGGUUUCUUUUUGAAGUUGUGGAGUACCAGUUCAUUACUUUUCUCUGUCACAUACUGAUCACCGCAAUGACUCUUAUUUUCGUCUGGUCUAAGGUUGCAGGAGUACUGAUCGAUUGGCGACCACCCAAUAUCCAUGAUUUUAGCCUUUCAGAAUCUACAUGCAGAUUCUACUUCGCAAAAGUUAAUUGGUUCUUGUUCGAAUUCUUUGAGAUUUCAACUGGGAAAGAUUUGAAAAGCUUCUUUGUGGCAAUCGCUUGUCUUUGGGUAUUGUCAGUUAUUGGAACCUAUUUCAGCUCUUUGAAUCUUCUAUACCUUGUCUUCCUCUGCAUGCAAAUACUACCUGUUUUGUACAAGAAAUAUGAAAGGCAGGUGGAUUAUCUUGCUACCAAAGGCAGACAAGAUGCGAAGAGUUUGUACAGGAAGUUUGAUUCCAAGGUUCUUAACAAGAUUCCAAGGGGACCAGUAAAACAGAGGAAAUUCCAUUAAGUAUGGAAGUUGUGGGAAUGAAAAUAAGAGUGUAAAUAAAUCAUGUUGGUCAACAACAAAAACUAAGGUGUAUAUAUACAUUCACUAUCUCCUGCAUUUACGACAUAAAUAAAUGAUAAACCAAUUAUAUCUAACGACUUAUUCUAUUUUGCAAGUCGGUAUGUAGAACACA